CUCAUCCCCAUCUUCCCUAUCACACCCUAAUACAUUCUUUCAUCUGAAAGUGAGUACAGCUCGUCUGUGACCGGUGUGUAUGGCUCUUGUUACGUCUAAAGCUCGGAUGGGAAGAGAUUGUGUCGGUCUUCAGCAGCGUUGAUGCUGUUAGGGAGCCCUCCACGUCAAAAGGGUUGGAGGUGGAGCUUGCGCGCCACCUCAUCGAUGGGGCCCGUCAUCCCUCUCACAUUCUCAGCCCUUUCUUUACGUUGUGACCUUUCCAUACACCAGCCUCCAUUGUCGAUGAGCUAGAGAGCACUCUACGAGCUCGUGACGACUGCUGUCGCCGCUGCUCCACCUGGCCCAUCAAAAAAAUUUUGUUUGCCGCCACAACACCAUUUCCCUUCCAAUUUGCAUCAUUUUCAUCUCAUCUUCUUUCAAGAGCCAUGGACAUCAUUUCGUUCUUGACAGGAAAGCUGACUCCCUACCUCCUUCGUAGAACAAAAACUCCACGCAAAAUGGGAAAAGACAAGCUUCACGUCAACGUUGUCGUUAUCGGACACGUCGAUUCUGGUAAAUCUACCACCACCGGACACUUGAUCUACAAGUGCGGUGGUAUCGACAAGCGAACCAUUGAGAAGUUCGAGAAGGAAGCUGCCGAACUCGGAAAGUCCUCCUUCAAGUAUGCCUGGGUUUUGGACAAACUCAAGGCCGAGCGAGAGCGAGGUAUCACCAUCGACAUUGCCUUGUGGAAGUUCGAGACUCCCAAGUACAUGGUCACUGUCAUUGACGCUCCCGGACACCGAGACUUCAUCAAGAACAUGAUCACUGGUACUUCUCAAGCCGACUGCGCCAUUCUCAUCAUUGCCUCCGGUACCGGAGAGUUCGAGGCUGGUAUCUCCAAGGACGGACAGACCCGAGAGCACGCUCUUUUGGCCUUCACCCUCGGAGUCAGGCAACUCAUUGUUGCUUGCAACAAGAUGGACACUGCCAAGUGGUCCGAGGCCCGAUUCAACGAAAUCGUCAAGGAGACUUCCGGUUUCAUCAAGAAGGUUGGAUACAACCCCAAGACUGUCGCCUUCGUCCCCAUCUCUGGAUGGCACGGAGACAACAUGAUUGAGGCCACCAACAACAUGCCUUGGUACAAGGGAUGGGAGAAGGAGGGCAAGGGUGGAGCCAAGGUCACUGGAAAGACCUUGCUUGACGCCAUCGAUGCCAUUGAGCCCCCUACCCGACCCACCGACAAGCCUCUCCGACUCCCCCUCCAGGAUGUGUACAAGAUCGGAGGUAUUGGAACUGUUCCCGUCGGCCGAGUCGAGACUGGUGUCAUCAAGGCCGGUAUGGUUGUCAACUUCGCUCCUUCCAACGUCACAACUGAAGUUAAAUCCGUCGAAAUGCACCACGAACAGAUCCCUGAGGGUCUCCCAGGUGACAACGUCGGAUUCAACGUCAAGAACGUCUCCAUCAAGGACAUCCGACGAGGAAACGUCUGCUCCGACUCUAAGAACGACCCCGCCAAGGAGGCCGCUUCUUUCACCGCUCAGGUCAUCGUUCUCAACCACCCCGGACAGAUCGGUGCUGGAUACACCCCCGUCCUCGAUUGCCACACUGCCCACAUUGCCUGCAAGUUUGAGGAGUUGAUCGAGAAGAUCGACCGACGAAACGGAAAGGUCCUCGAAGCCGCCCCCAAGUUCGUCAAGUCUGGUGACGCUGCCAUUGUCAAGCUCGUUUCCCAGAAGCCCAUCUGUGUCGAGUCCUACACUGAGUACCCCCCUCUUGGACGAUUCGCCGUCCGAGACAUGCGACAAACCGUCGCUGUCGGUGUCAUCAAGAGCGUAGAGAAGACCGAUGGAAAGGGAGGCAAGGUCACCAAGGCUGCCGAGAAGGCCUCCAAGGGAAAGAAGUAAAGGACGGAUCAUUAUUCCUUUUCUUCAUACAUGCUAGUAUUCCCUCGCCUACAAUCCCAUUCAUUUCGCUUUGUUAUACGAGACUGCAAUCAUGACAGAUGCAUAGCAUUUCGUCCA